UUGAGAGAUCAAGCCACACUGCUUAAAACGUCACAUGAUCUUCCCCUGGCCCCGUUUUUUCAUAAAACAGAGUGGGUCGUCGCAGGAGGCUGACACUGUGGCUGUUGGUAGAUGGGACUAGGGCGUGAGAGAGUCGAGCCCUGACUGCUGGGAGUCAGCAUGGAAAGUCUCUUCGGGGUCCUGGGAUUACUGUUGCUGACUGCAGGACUGCCGCUCCAAGAGGCCAAACGUUUCCGUGACGUGCUGGGCCAUGAGCAGUACCCAGGUCACCUGAGGGAGCACCACCAACUGCGAGGCUGGUCUUCCGAUGAAAACGAAUGGAACGAAAACCUGUACCCAGUGUGGAAGAGGGGAGAGAGCAGGUGGAGGAACUCCUGGGAAGGAGGCCGUGUGCAAGCAAUCCUGACCAGCGACUCCCCAGCUCUGGUGGGCUCCAAUAUCACAUUUGUGGCAAGCCUGGUGUUCCCCAGAUGCCGGAAGGAAGACGCCAACUGCAAUGUCAUCUAUGAGAGGAACUGCAGAGAUGAUGUGGGGUUGACUUCUGACCCGUAUCUCUACAACUGGACAGCAGGGGCAGAGGACGGCGACUGGGAAGGUGGCACUAGCCAAAGCCAACACCUCACAUUCCCCGACGGGAAGCCCUUCCCUCGCCCUCAUGGAUGGAAGAAAUGGAACUUUGUCUACAUCUUUCACACACAUGGUCAGUAUUUCCAAAGACUGGGUCGGUGUUCCGCACGGGUCUCCUUAAACACAGUCAACUUGACAGUCGGCCCUCAUGUCAUGGAAGUAACUGUGUUUCGAAGACACGGCCGGGCGUACACUCCCAUCUCACAGGUGAAAGACGUGUACGUGAUAACAGAUCAGAUCCCUAUAUUUGUGACCAUGUCCCAGAAGAAUGACCGGAACUCAUCUGACAAAACCUUCCUCAGAGACCUGCCCAUUGUCUUCGAUGUCCUCAUUCAUGAUCCCAGCCACUUCCUCAAUGACUCUGCCAUUUCCUACAAGUGGAACUUUGGGGACAACACUGGCCUCUUUGUCUCCAACAAUAACACUUUGAAUCACACGUAUGUGCUCAAUGGAACCUUCAACUUGAACCUCACCGUGCAAGCUGCAGUGCCCUGGCCAUGCCCCUCACCUUCACCUCCUUCACCUAAGCCUUCAUCAAAGCCUUCACCCACGCCUUCACCUGAGCCUUCACCUGCGCCUUCACCUACACCCUCAUUGCCAACACCCAGCCCCUCUUUAAUGCCUACUGGUUACAACUCCAUGAAGCUGAGUGGCAUUUCCAAUGAAAACUGCUGGAUAAACAGAUAUGGUUACUUCAGAGCCACCAUCACAAUUGUAGAGGGUAUCCUAGAAGUCAUCGUCAUCCAGGUAGCAGAGGUCCCAAUGCCUAUGCCACAGCCUGACAACUCCCUGCUGGACUUCACUGUGACCUGCAAAGGGGCCACCCCCAUGGAAGUCUGUACGAUCAUCUCCGACCCCACCUGCCAGACCUCCCAGAACAGGGUCUGCAGCCCGGUGGCUGUGGAUGAGUUGUGCCUGCUGUCCGUCAGAAGAGCCUUCAAUGGGUCCGGCACGUACUGUGUGAACUUCACUCUGGGAGAUGACACAAGCCUGGCUCUCGCCAGCACCCUGAUCUCUAUCCCCAGCAAAGGCCCCGCCUUCUCUCUGAGAUCUGUGAAUGGUGCCCUGAUCGCUGUAGGCUGCCUAGCCGUGCUUGUCACCAUGGUCACCAUCCUGCUGCUGCACAAAAAACAUAAGGAGUACCAGCCAAUAGGAAACUGCCCCAGGAACAUGGCCAAAGGCAAAGGCCUGGGUGUUUUCCUCAGCCACGCAAAGGCCCCAUUCUUCCGGGGAAACCAGGAGAAAGAUCCGCUGCUCCGGGACAAGGUGGGAACACUCUAAAGGUGGGAACACUCUAAAGGUGGGAACACUCUAAGUCCUCAGCCUUAUUUCUGACCAAGAGCCCACUCUCCUGUGCGCAGAAGUAUGUGACUGGUCACUCCUGCUUCUUAAGGACUAUUGUAUAAUACAUAUCAUGGUUUAGGGAUUUUAGUUAAAUGGCAUUUUCGAGAAGGGAUGAGAUGACCAGUUGGGUUGGGGUUUUUACACUGUUAGUAUGAUGGGCACACUGUGUCUGAAGAGAGA